AAAAAGUUCACAGAGUUAAAAAGAGCAUUCAUUCCCUGCUUUGAAAUUAUCCAAUGUUCUUCCUUCAUUGCAUGUUUCUGAUCAGAUCACUUGGAAACAUAUACCCAUCUUUCCUUUUUCUUUCUCCCUUUUAAACCCCUCUUCUUCUCCUUCUUCUUCAUCUUUUCAACCAUUACUCAAACAUGUUUCAACACUCCAUGUCCAUGCUCAAGAAGAAGAGAAACCAACCUGGAAACCCAGAUCCAGAUGCUGAAGUAGUAGCAAUGUCACCAAAGAGCUUGAUGGCAACAAACAGAUUUGUAUGUGAAAUAUGCAACAAAGGUUUCCAAAGGGACCAGAACUUGCAGCUUCACAGAAGAGGUCACAACCUGCCAUGGAAGCUCAGACAGAAGAGCAACAAGGAAGUGAUGAAGAAAAAGGUUUAUGUUUGUCCUGAAUCAACUUGUGUGCACCAUCACCCUUCAAGAGCUCUUGGUGAUCUCACUGGAAUCAAGAAACACUACUGCAGAAAACAUGGUGAGAAGAAGUGGAAGUGUGACCGGUGUUCUAAGAGAUAUGCUGUUCUUUCUGAUUGGAAAGCUCAUCUCAAGACUUGUGGAACCAAAGAGUACACUUGUGAUUGUGGAACUCUGUUCUCCAGGAAGGACAGCUUCCUCACUCACAGAGCUUUCUGUGAUGCACUGGCACAAGAGAGUGCAACACUGAUCUCCAUGAAACUACCUCAUGAGCUUCCUCAACCUUCUCUUCACCAUGAACUCCACUCAUUGAACCCUAACCCUAAACCUAACCCUAGUCUCUCGGCCAUGGCUUUGCUGCAAAAGGCAACUGCCAUGCGUUCUUUCCCUUUAAAUGGUUGUGAUUUGACCACGUGGAGAAACGAGGACCGUCCGACCAGGGACUUCAUUGGCGCCGUCGAUGUUAGAGUUGGUAAUGCUGCGGCGGUGGAAGCGCCGGCGCCGGCGCCGGCGGAGGAUAAUGUAGAGCAGCCUGUGAGCGUGGCCGUGGAUCCGGUGACUCGCGGUGAGCAUACGCGGUGGUUCACCACCUUCGGAUGAAGAGAAUUGGGUGACUAUUAAUAAUAUAUAGAUGUAUGUAUGUAUGUAUGUCCUUUUUUCGUUAUGGUCCUCAUUGUGUGUGAAAAUUUGGUUUGAGUAUGAGAAUAUAUAGAACUAGUUUAUUUUGAGUGAUGGAUUAAUGUUUUU